UCUCUCUCUCUCUCUCUCUCUCUCCUCUUCUUCUGCGCCGCACCACCUUUAGCAGAAGCGAAUCGAUUUGUGAAGUGUCAUCUUUCUAGGGCUUCAUUUUACUUUGGUGGAUUGCGGUUGGUGUUUAGUCUCAACUGAUUGAGAUCGAGAACGAGAUCGAGAUCGAGAGAAGCAUGGAGGAAAACGCAAAGAGGAACAGGGUCGAUCUUGACAGACUCCCGAUCAAGCGAUUGGACGCCAUUGAUGAAGCCGGGAACGAGCAAUUCCCUCCAGAUGUCAGUCAUGAAGAGAAGCGUCUUGGUAUGAUUCGGCGGAUCGAUUUCUCUAACGUGGUGGCGGAGAAUACGGACACGAGGAAGAAACAGAAGAAAAGCCCCAAGGAAGCCGCUCCCGCACCUCAACAGGCCUGGCCUUGGCAGAGUUUGGUGGAAAAUUUGCAGCUUGCCCAUCAGGAGUUAUCUAUCAUCAUCGAUCUGAUCAAUACGGUUGAAGCAAAUGAUGCAGUAGCAGUGGCUGGAAUGCAAAGACCAAAGCAGUUGCCCAAUGAAAUCCUCUCGGAUCUUGCAGUAUCUGCAGCGACCAAGCUUCAACGUCUUCGGAAUCUUGGUAGAUACUUCAAGCAAUCUUCAAAAGCAAUGGAACAAAAAGUCUCAAAAGAGGCUAGAUUCUAUGGCUCACUGAUCAGAUUGCAGCAACACUGGAAAGUAAAACGACAACGUCUGUUAGCAGCAGGCCCAGGAAGUGAGGGGUUCACAUUUGAUAUGCUAGAUAAUCCAGCAGACACAACCAUGAUAUCUCGUCCAUCACCCAUUGGUGUGGUUCGUGUUCUUCAUGAGACUGCAGGCCUUUUGGCCAUACAAAGACCUCAAAGAUCAUGCCGCUUCAUAUCCAUUAGAUAUCUUGGGACCAAUUUUAGUUCCAAACACAAAGGACUCCCUACAGGGAAUAUAUAUGGCUCAGAUGAGAGUCCUCAAGCAGACAAGAAGGAAGCUUUAACUGAUGAAGAUGUCAAUUCCUGGGUCAAAGAUACACAUUCAGCUCUUCGUGAGAUUCAUCAAUCAAUAUUUUUAGAGCAGGUUUUUGAUCGGGUGAAUCGUGAAAGUUACGGCCCGUCUCCAGGAAUUAAUGUCACUGGGAUGCGAGAAGACUUUUUACAGUUAGCAAUUGAUCAAGAUACUUCAAUAUGUUUAUGCCUUGUGUCCUCUAAGAACGAAGAUGAUAUUCAGAUGAUUGACUCCAGGAGACAUCCUCAAAAUGGGGAAAAUGGGCUCACACGUCCUGACUCAUCAGCAUCAGCAAAUACUAAUGAGGACAAUAAUCCUCUCAAGAUGAAUAAAUUUGGAGUUCCUAAUCCUGUCAGUUUAGAGAUAUAUUUGCUCCAUGUUUUCCAUAAAAAUUUCCAGGUGAAAGUAAAGGAGAGACAUUUUGCCACAAGAGCACCAGUUCCUGGUCAGGCUCCUGCUGAUUCUUGUGGUCUCAGUCAUUUCUGUAAGACAGUAGCCCAUAGAAUUUUUUCCAACAAAGUGCUGGCAGAAAUUGAAUGUCUCGUCAGCCGAAUUCCAUAUCUUCAGUUGUUAUCUCACCCUACUUGGCAUUCCAGAUCAUCGUCAUGGUCCCUUUCCUUGAAAUUUCCCGACUCAAUUUUUCAUGCUGGUUGCCUCUCCAAGCAUCCAAACAUCUAUGAUGUGAAGCAUUUAACCAGGUCACAGUUCCAUACCAAGAUAGUGGUCAAGGAUGACCAAGUUACUGUGAGUGGAGAAGGUGCACCUGGUAUCCUUAGUUCAUUUAGAGGAAUUUCUGCUGAUGUUUUCUCAGUCAGUUGUUAUGGUUGUGACUUGGAUGACCUCCCACUGGUUCUUCUUCAGCAGAUCGCAGGCCAGAUCAUCCAUUGGCUUCACGAGGAAGCUUUGGUAGUUGGGAUGAAGGUAAGUAGAGACUUCCUAUGCCUGUAUUUUGAUGUGGACCAAGGUGACAUGCUUGGCCUCGUGGCACAUGUGGACCCUAAUGAUGUUGAUGGCUGCAUAUCGUGGUGGUUGAUAAUGGAGGAUGGAUUGACGGAGGAUGGGAAGUUUUCUAGAGAAAAGGGGGAGUACGAAAACCGAAGAUUUCUCGGUCAUUUGUCUCUUGAAGCAUUGUAUUCUCUGUUGAUGGAUCUAGUGAACCUGUGUAGUAGUACUACCGGAAGCCAUUAAUAGUUUAGGGAUGGAUGAUUUCUUCUAAGAAGUAAUUCUCAUAGUCUGUAUCAAGAUGAUCCUGUAAUACAUGGUGUUGAAAUUAGUACUAUAAUUUUCUUCUCGCAAACUAAA